AUGAACGGAAAACAAAUGAAACUAGUAAGUUUUUAUCCACUGCUUUUUCAUUUUCUUGGUUAGUUCGAUUUUUAACCGUAUCUAAUACCCUUCGCAGUCUUAUACACGACAUCUUCGACAAGAGGAUCUUUCCAGUUUCCUAUUGGUGCAAAUUAUUUAAAUGGGUCAUUUCCGUGCUGCCACAAGCCUCUGUUUCAAAGCGAGGCUAAGUGCAAAGCCGUUGAUAUAAAAUGUAUUUGUUAUUUUCAUGCAAAUGAAACUCAUUUUCUCAAGAAAGGUUUUGCAGUUGGCCUCGUUUCGAAAGUGAGUCUUUGGAACUCGGAAAUGACCUAUUCCCUUGAAAUUUUCUUGAAACCAAAGAUUGGGAAUGCCGUCUACUCGAUUAGAAUACAUAUGUCAAUAUAUGACGAUGCGAAAUUUUUCCAUGAGCUUUUUUAAUUGACGUUAUUUUAUGUCGCCAAGAAAAGUUAGCCUAAUUGGCUUAAAUAUAGGGAAGAAAAGGCGGUCUCCCUGAUGUCGGUGAGCAUGUUGAAUACAAUACUAACAGACAAUUACACUGCUUUGUGGUUCUAGCUUAAAAACUUCUUAAAGCUAAUUUCAUGAUGCAAGUUAUUUUCUUUUUCUUUAUAAGGUAAUCCACAUAUUUGCAGUUAUUUUGUCGUUGGCUUUCAUUCUUAAUCCUACUUCGUAUGUUGAAGCCAAACCUCAAGGUCCUACAGGAAAAAGCAACAGCACCAUAUGCAAUCAUAUCACGAUACCAAGGAUCACUGCGAACUCUCCUGGUUAUACACCAACCUCUACUAGGAAGACGUGCAUUGCAAGAAUCAUCCCAAUUACUAUUUGUAACAAAAUGUACAAUGUUGCACUUUGUAAGGAAAAAAAGAACGGUUGUAAAGGAAUCCAGAGAAAGAUUACUGUGACUUUUCCAACAUGCUGUAAAGGAAACGACACCACAUCCGUGUCAUUGCCGUAUGAUUGUUCUUGA